CAUAAAGUGUUUUCAAGAUGUCGGUCAACCUGCGGAGGUCGGAACAGAAAUAGGGCCUAUGUUGAAUGGUGCUGUGUGGAACAUAGUCGGAUGAGAAUUGGAAACUUGUAGACAUUAGACCUGAACGUUCAAGCCAGUGAAGACGACCAAAUAAAGAAGCUGAACAUCUUUGUAUAAUCAGGAUUUCUUGGACUUUUAGAAAUUCUAAAAUAGUGAGAAAAAGGUAAAAGAAUGUUGGAUGGUUCACAAGAAUCAAAAUUUCUUCCGGACAUCCACAGCCCACCAGGUGUGAAGGCAGAGUCUCAGUAUUUCAUGAAGCCUUUGUUACCUCUUUUGGCUUUAGCUGCGGUUGACCCAGUUUCAGCGUCAGAGUUGGAAACAGAAUUCAUGAACAGUCACGGCUGCUCAAAACAGCACCAGGCAGCCACCAAUGGUGGCCUUCACCUUGUGUUUCCUUCUGUUUCUGCCAGCUCAGAAUCUCCAGAGACUUCGCAGUUUCCUGUGAUUGGACGGUUUGCCCCGGCGCCAACGCGAGGUUCUUCGUCUUCUGUAUCGGCAUCGGUUGUGCCCUCCCCUCUGGUGCCGUCCUCAUCUUCCUCGCCUACCUCUCCAGUGGUGCCUCAAGGGACCAGCACAUCCGGCUCAUCCAGCACGUCCGGCUCAUCCCUCGCCCGGCCUUUCCCUGCAGAGCUAACGCCAACGGCAGAAAAAGCAAGUGUGACGUACGCACCACAUCAAAGUGAUCUUGGUCGGUUACGGAACUUACGCUAUGGCAUCCAGCGGGAAGGCGAGUUCGUAUGCGGCUGGGGUGCAGCAUUCAUCAACAUCUGCGUCACUUUCCCCAUGAAUAAAGCAAUUUUUCGACAGCAGCUGCAUAAUAUUUCGGGCAUCAGGGCUUUCCGGCAGUUGUCGAGAGAUGGUGUCCGCUACCUAUACCGUGGCUUGCUGCCACCGCUCUUUCAAAAAACGAUGUCUCUGUCGAUUAUGUUCGGCGCCUACUACCGGUGUCAGGAUGGUCUGCGGUGGUACUUGCCGUCGCUCCACGUGAAAGUGAACCAUACCAUGGCGGCACUGAUGGCUGGCACAAUGGAGGCCAUGUUCACGCCGUUUGAGAGGAUACAGACUCUGAUGCAGACCUCGGCGUAUCACAGCAAGUUCUCCAACACGUUCGACGCCUUCUGGAGACUGGGCAGCUACGGCCUGAGCGAGUACUACCGAGGCUUCAGCCUCAUCGUUAUGCGGAACGGGCCCAGCAACGUCUGCUUUUUCUUGGGGAGAGAAUAUCUGCAGACGUGUGGCCCUCAGAACUUGACCGGGGGAAAGAAGAUGGCCAAAGACUUUGUCAGCGGAGCGUGUCUGGGCGCACUCAUCAGCACCUUCUUCUUCCCCCUGAACGUGGUGAAAACUCACAUGCAGUGGAAACUGGGCGGCCAGUUUGAUGGUGUAUGGCACACCUUUCAGCUGGUUCUCUCCGAGAGGGGAGGCCAACUACGACACAUGUUCAAGGGAAUGCACCUCAACUACUCGCGCUCUUUCCUCUCCUGGGGGAUCAUCAACGCCUCCUACGAGUUCCUUUUGAAGACAUUUUUUACCAAAGAUUCGAAACAUGUCGGAUCUAGUUGAAGUUUGUAGGUUUUAGUCAGAUUCUUAUAAUUAUUGUUGUUUGUGAGGGUGUGGUCAGAUAGAAAGUGUAGGUAGGUGCCCACUUUUUAAAAACUUUUAGUUGAGUAAGUUUGUUUGACACGCAAAAUUGCCUUGCUAUAAUUUAUUUCCCUGCUGAAGAAUUUGUGUCUGAUGCUGUGAGAAGGGAAACGUGUGCCUGUUUUGUGUGGUUUGCCGCAUCAGGGAGAACACCCGCCGGUGGUGACGUGUUGGGCACCCGCACGUCUGUGUUUUCUGUGUGUUUGUGCCGCCUGGCCUGAAGCAGAGGGGGUCUGUUACCCCUUCCUUACCAGGGGUCGUGUGUUCCUACUGUCAGGGCUGAUACUGAUUGUCAGUUCAUCUUGUACUUUAUCAUGAGGCAACGGAGGGGUUAGAGACUUCCGCUGUUGAAACUUAUGGAGGUGAAACCAGUUUCCCUCUCAAUCUCAAGGACUGUUAUAUAUAUAUAU